GUCACCUGGCUAUAUUCUUUUUGGACUCUUGGGUUUUAGCUCUAUUAGUUAUUGAGUUGUCAGUUAUCUAAAAUUGAAGCAAGCAUAUUUUCGGAUGUUCAAGUUUAUCAUUAUCACCGAACAUUCAUGAUAUGACCAUCCCAUAUUUCUUUGUAAAGCUAUUUAUUGACGGCCGGGCUUCGGUGCGGAGCAUACCCCAUCUUUUGCACUCUACCUAGUCAGAGACCAGCCGAACAAAGAUAUUUACCGACUGAUAUUUCCAUACCGAUACCAAUACCGGUAAUCAACCCAUUAAACUACCGGGGCGAGACCGACCUGGCCUUGCAUUGCAUUAGGUGGGAGCCGUUGGAAAGAGUCGUGCAUUGAAGAUUUAGUGUGAUUUAUCAUCUUUGUUUAUCCUUAGAAAUCACGCAAGGUGAGAUACAUGCUGGAGCAUCAGGGUCCAAAUGUGGAUAGUGCAAGUGCCAUCCAGAGAAUGGCGAGCUUUUCGGACAAGAUUAUAUUCUGCCUUAGUGGCAUGCUCAUCCUUGUCUUAUUUCUUCGGACAAACAUAUAAGAGCUUCUCUUCUCUCUCUGUAGUGCUAUUCUAUUCCGCAGUAGACUAAGAGUCAAGGUCAUUCUUUUCUGGUUUCGAAAUCAUCCUGUCUGGUUUUUUCCCACAAUGUAUUUCUCAUCCACCCGACUCGUUGCUUUGAGCAGCAUACUCGGCACCUCAUUUGCUCGACUUAAGUCUGUCGAGGUUGAUACUUCAUCGCUCGAUAAACUCUAUACCGCAGCUCUUAAAGAAGAUCGAAAAUUGGUCGUAGCUUCAGGUGGUGAUGGUAAGUAAACCUUUCCUUGACUGGCGCUGAACGCGGGAGUCUUCAACCAUACAGACAUUCACUGACAAGCUACAAGCCGGAGUCCAAGGUCAGGCUAUAAGGGAUGCCUGGGCCGCACGAUUCCCCAAGAUCUCGCUUGAUCUCACUGUCGACCUAUCUAAAUACCACGACAGUCGGAUUGAUCGCGCACACUGGAAUAAUACCGACACUGUCGAUAUUGCCCUACUUCAAACUCUCCAUGAUUUCCAGCGAUGGAAGGAAGAAGGUCGUUUGUUGUUUUACAAGCCACCAACUUUUGCGGAUUUGUAUUCGGGAGAGAAGGAUCUUGACGGUGCCUUUUUGCCGGUUAGUGUUAGUAAGUAUUUAUCCAUUCUACCUAUUCCUCAGAAGUUUAGUACUGACUCCAUUUUCAGAUAGCUUUGGCACUUUUGUCUAUGAUAGCACUUAUGUACCAGAUUCUGAGGCCCCAACCAGCUAUGCCGACCUUUUAGAUCCCAAAUGGAAGGGUAAAAUUGUAGCGACCUAUCCUAACGAUGACGAUGCGAUCGGAUUUCUCUUCUCCAUCAUCAUUGAGAAGUAUGGGUUUGAGUGGUUAGAGGGAAUGGCAAACCAAGACGUCCAAUGGGUCCGCGGCACUGGUACUCCUGGCUUCGUUAUCCGCGAUAACCAUAAUGGCGUCAACGCGUCCGCUUCCGGUUCGUCACCAAAAGGACGUGUUCUCACAUUCACCUCUUACCCACCCGCAAAUGCAACAACCGUUCACUCCGCCGUUCCAGUGGCCCCAGAGCAACACAUGUCAUGGAGUCAGACUAUUGCGGCUUUCGCCUCUUCUAAGAGACCACAAACUGCUAAGUUGUUCUUGGCUUGGAUUACAAGUGAUGAGUACCAGAAGAAUUCCACUACUGGAUCAGUCAGAAAGAGUUUAGAUAUUGGUGGCAAUCUGUACGAAAGUAACACUACUCAAACUAUUCAAUUCAGACAGUUCAUGCAGGACCGCAAGAGGGUCGAGUGGUGGAAAUUGCAGUAUGAGACUACCUUGGGAACGGCCCAAGGUGUUGGCCCUAUGAUUUUGUACCCUUAGUUUCAGUCAGAAGAGAUGUGGCGGGCUUAGAGGAAAAGUAAUGAAGUGUUGAGUUGCGGAUUGCCGAGAUUUGUGGAGGCGGAGUUGAUCGUGCUUGCACGUUGUAUAUAUUCUCUUCUGACUGUCUGUGACAGUCUUUAGGCUGCACUCAGUUUCUCUAUUUGAAAUACAUAGAUUUAAUAAUCA